UUAGUGUUGACGUUACGUCCGCAGCCUUGGUAAUGGCAAGUGUCGGAAGGAGAGGAAGACGGCAGUGAAGUUUCUUGUCUUCUAGUUGUUAUUCUCGUUUAUUACAUUUAAAACCUCCUGCGUCGGUUUUUGUACUCUGGCAGUUGUUGUUUUUUUUACGUCGUUAUCGUCUAAGUAAGAACGUACCGGGACUAAAGUCCCGAAUGGUUGUUGGUCGGUUUCGAAAUAACUAAAAUACGCCACGAAGUUUGUUGGACUUCCAGCAGAGAAACUAUGACGCACAAGGAAGACGAAUAUGAUUACCUUUUUAAAGUGGUGUUGAUCGGAGAUUCGGGUGUAGGAAAGAGUAACCUGCUGUCCCGCUUCACCCGCAACGAGUUCAACCUGGAGAGCAAGAGCACCAUCGGGGUGGAGUUCGCCACGCGCAGCAUCCAGGUGGAGGGGAAGACCAUCAAGGCUCAGAUCUGGGACACAGCGGGACAGGAGCGAUACAGAGCCAUCACUUCUGCGUACUACCGCGGGGCUGUCGGAGCCCUCCUGGUCUACGACAUCGCUAAGCACCUGACGUAUGAAAAUGCAGAGCGCUGGCUGAAGGAGCUGCAGGACCACGCAGACAGCAACAUCGUCAUCAUGUUGGUGGGCAACAAGAGCGAUCUGCGCCACCUGAGGGCCGUGCCCACCGAAGAGGCGAAGGGCUUUGCAGAGAAGAACGCCUUGUCUUUCCUGGAGACGUCUGCGUUAGAUUCAUCUAAUGUUGAACUGGCUUUUCAGACCAUUCUCACAGCCAUCUACAACAUCGUCUCCCAGAGGCAGAUGUCAGGACAUGGCAACUCGGACUUCGCGCCGGCCUCCAACGUAGUUCCCAUCACAGUUGAGCCCACCCAGAGCUCGUCCAGCAAGGGUGCCUGCUGCCAGAACAACUGAGACCUUACCACUGACCUCCUCCUUCGUCUCAGUGGAGAAACAGCCAGAUAGACAGAGACAGGGAAGGUGGAGUUGACAGGUAGAGGGACGCUUACACUGGGUUUUGUCUGGUUCAGAUGUGUGGAGGGGGGGUGGUAAAUGAAGGAUGGACAGGAUGUGAGAGAAGGGAGGAUUGGGAUCAGUUGAAAGACAGCAGGGGAGGGAUUUUGUAACGGGCCAUUAAGAAGCUACAUCAUCACAGUGGAUUCAGGUUCUAAUGUUAAACUGAACAUGCUAGAAGGCCUUUUUUCUUAUUGCAGUCUUUUGAAACGGUCGUCCCUUUUAAGAAGCCGGAUUUUACAGGCUAAUAAAUGUUUCCUUUCCAUUUUCACUCCUGGGAUAUUGGGCAGUAAAGAUCCACUUCCAGAAGACUGAAUGGAAACCUUCUGUCGCAGCUCUUUCCCAUUUUCUCUUCAUCUGGAAUAUUUCAUAGAUUAUGUCCUUCUCUAUAUUUAUUAACACUUGUUAGCAUUGUUUGGCCAAAGGGUUUCUCACACUAACUGCUUCGUAGAAACAGGAUUUUCCUUUCUUUGAUUGUUUUCCUUAUUUAAAAUGAACCUUUCCUAAAUGAACAUAAUGGAAUAAAGACAGUUUUGCUCCAUCGGGCCUCAAUGAGCAACAACAUCCCUCCCUAACAGCGACAAGCAGCUUCUUUCUGAGUGCUUUUGAUCUUUGUUUGGGCGCCUCUCCUACUCUUCACACACUUUGUACUCUAAAGAUGAGUCAUGCUCCCGCAAGCCUUUGCACAGCAUUAACUCUAAAUGGGAUGGGAUAGCUGCAUUGGUGCUGGAUGGGUUAACUGCAGUGCAUGUCUGCUCCCCUCCUGACCGUUUCACCUUUUGCCCCAAACCUUGAGGCGCAGUGGGGAAGAUCUGGGAAUGGGUUUAAAUGCAUGGACGAGCCUGUGCUGCUGCCGCCUGCUAGCUGGGAUGAAUGAAUGAAUGGAUGGAUUGGAUUUCAGGGGAUGAGAUAGUGAGGGCACUCAGCCCUGCCCUGCUCCUGUGGUCUCUGAUGUACCCGUGAUGGCUUGUUUUACUGUAAAUGAAAUCCUCCACUGCCUGCUCACCUACUCCUCUGUCUCUGCACACUGUAUGUAACUGGAACAGGACUCUGCCUUCUGGGAUCUCCCUGAGGUCAGCCUUCACUUUCACUUGUCUAUAUUUCCUGUCCAAGGGGUGGGGGUUGUCUUCGGCAGCCAGGAUUGGGUUUGCUAGUAUCUAAUAAUCGAAUAGAUGAGGGAAGGGGGAAGGACCGUAGCGUUACAGGGGGGCUUGAUUUAAUCCAAAGGUUUCAGACACAGAGGGUGUUUUUUUGCGCAACAUCACAGACUUUUGUUCACUUCACAAGUCUUAAACUGGGUGGUGUAGGUAGACAUUUUAAGUUUUUAUUCUACUGUAUGUAUAUUUGGACUGCACAUGUAUAAAUAAAUAAAUCAGAUUUGUUAUCGCUCA